AUAUAUUAUUCAAUACUUUUGAUAUCUUAAAUUUCUCUUCAGAGUUCCAAAUCAUGGAAAAUUCUCUUCCCAUUCUCAUUUUUGCUCUUAUCUUCAUGAUUUUCUCCAUCAAUUCAGGAAUGGUGAAGCUGGCUGAUGCACAGGGGAAAACUUGGUGUGUAGCAAAACCAUCAUCAAGUGAAGCAGAAUUAACAGAAAAUAUAAAUUAUGCAUGUGGUGAAUUAAGAGAUUGUAGGCUAAUCCAACCAAAUGGUGGCUGUUAUAGCCCUAAUUCUUACAUUAAUCAUGCAUCAGUGGUUAUGAAUCUUUAUUACCAAUCCAAAGGCAGAAACACAUGGAACUGUGACUUCAAGAAUUCUGGUCUUAUCUCUACAAAGGAUCCAAGUUAUUAUGGAUGCCAGUAUCUUUAGUGGGUUAGUAAUGCUAAUGGGUGUAGUUAAAUUGUUGGGGUUUUAUAUAAUUUUGUUGUCCAUUAGCAAUUUUACUAUAUUUGUUAUUGCAUAAUAAAUAAAUGAAGUGUUAUAAGUGUUUUUA